ACCCGGCGGUGGCAGCUCGGUCGGUGUCAGGUGAUCGGCGCCGAGGAGCCGCCGCCACAGCCCGGGAGGAAGAUGCAAGAUGGCCCAGCGGGGCCGUGAGGGGCUCCGCGGCGCCCCUUCCCCGCCCGCCGCCGCCGCCUGCCCGGCCGGCGGGAAGCGCUGAGGCCAGCGCCGCCGCGCCACAGCCCGUCCCCGGCGGGGGCACCGAGCCAUGGGGCUCUGCUACAGCCUGCGCCCGCGGCUCUUCGGCGACGCCGGCGGCGGCGGCUCCAUCUCCAGCGCCGGCGCCGCCUCGGAGCCCGAAGCGCCGGCGGAGCCUCACGCCGCCCCGCAGCCGCAGCCUCUCGGCGUCCCGCUCCGGCCCGGCGGUAAGCCCGGCGGGGAGACGGACGGGCCGCCGCUGCUGCUGCUGCAGAACGGCGGCGGCGGCAAUGGGGCGGCCCCCGAGCGGCAGCCGGCGCUGCCCAAGGCCGGCGGCCCCGGCCUUGGCGGCGGGGGGAAGGCGGCGCGGCAGCAGGCGCUGCACCAGCCGCCGGCGCUCCAGCGGACCUGGGAGAAGCUGCGCCUGGAGGAGCGGGAGGCGGAGAAGGAGGCGAGGAAAGUCAGUAAGAGCAUCGACCGGGCGCUCAAGGAGCAGAAGCGGGAGUACAAGCAGACGCACCGCCUGCUGCUGCUCGGGGCUGGUGAGUCAGGAAAAAGCACUAUUGUGAAACAAAUGCGAAUCCUACAUGUCAAUGGAUUUAAUUCAGAAGAAAAGAAACAGAAAAUACUGGAUAUUCGGAAAAACGUGAAAGAUGCGAUUGUGACUAUAGUUUCAGCUAUGAGCACUUUAAUACCCCCAGUUCCAUUGGCCAACCCAGAAAACCAAUUUCGAAUGGACUACAUCAAGAGUAUAGCUCCUCUUUCUGACUUUGACUAUACACAGGAGUUCUUUGAACAUGCAAAAAAGCUCUGGGAUGAUGAAGGUGUAAAGGCAUGCUUCGAGAGGUCAAACGAAUAUCAGCUGAUUGACUGUGCACAGUACUUUUUAGAAAGAAUUGACAGCGUCAGCAUGGAUGACUACACACCCACAGAUCAGGACCUAUUAAGAUGCAGAGUGUUGACAUCAGGGAUUUUUGAAACAAGAUUUCAAGUAGAUAAAGUAAAUUUCCACAUGUUUGAUGUAGGUGGCCAGAGAGAUGAGAGAAGAAAGUGGAUCCAAUGCUUUAAUGAUGUCACAGCUAUCAUCUUCGUUGUGGCUUGCAGUAGCUACAACAUGGUAAUAAGGGAAGACAAUAACACAAACAGACUACGGGAAUCCCUGGACCUUUUCAAAAGUAUCUGGAAUAAUAGGUGGUUACGGACCAUUUCUAUCAUUUUAUUCUUGAAUAAACAAGACAUGCUGGCUGAAAAAGUCUUGGCAGGGAAAUCAAAAAUUGAAGAUUACUUUCCUGAAUACGCGCAUUAUACUGUACCUGAGGAUGCAAUACCAGAUGCAGGAGAAGACCCCAAAGUCACAAGAGCCAAGUUCUUCAUCCGGGAUGAGUUUUUAAGGAUAAGUACAGCGAGUGGGGACGGCCGGCAUUACUGCUACCCACACUUCACAUGUGCAGUGGACACAGAAAACAUCCGCAGAGUGUUCAACGACUGCCGAGACAUCAUCCAGAGGAUGCACCUCCGCCAGUACGAACUCUUGUGAGGGGGAUCACCGUGGAACCUGUGGUUUUAAAUUCUUUGCUCCUUACUCUUUCUCUUGAUACUACCCCACACAGGGUGGAAGAAUAUACUAUAGAAAAGUCAGUCUCUUCACUUUGUUUACUUUUAAUUGUUUAACCUUAAAGCUGAUUUGAAGCAAGUUUGGGUUAUUUUCCCUUCAUGCUUUUUGGGACUAUUUUUGUGCUUUAUUUUGACAUGCCACUUCUUCGUCAUUCCACUAAGCCCUUUGGCUACCUCUGUUCCCUUAGGUUUUUGUUUUUUUAAAACUGAACGUGACCUGCUAAAUUUUUUCCAGUGGGUUAACCUCAGUUCAGACCGGUAUGUCAUCUGGAUGACACUGAAGUCAUACCUAUCCCUCUGUGUGGGUUUCCUUUUUAACAUGACAUUGAAGAGUACUUGAUGGGUGAAAAAAAGAUUAAUGCACUUUGUAUCAGGUUAUUAAAUACUGUUGAGGAAGUAGACACACAAUGUAGCAGCACCACAAUAUUUAUUACUCUGUCACAGUUUUUAGCAUUUCUGAGUUGCAGGUCAACUGAUAAAGUGACCUCCUCUUUUAAGCCGUUACUGGCACAGGAAGUAGAGUAGAUAAUGAGAGGAACGGUGAAGACAAAGCAAUUUUUCUGGGGUUUUGGAGCUAAGUGUCUCUGCACACCUCAGGCAUUUGAAUUACAGCUACUUUUCAGCCUGUUGCAUCUAGGCAGAAGAUUUACCACCCUCCACUUAUGUUAUUUUUGCUGUCCACAAAUGAUCCUUUUAGUUCCGAUCAUUCUUGGACAACAGUCCUCUCCCUAUAUAUAUUUUUUUGUUUUACUGCUGGUUUAUUAUAUUGUACAGACUGUAAAAUGUAAUAUUAUUUUGUACAACUUUAUUGAAGAAAAAUACUUGUAGAAGAUCUUUGUGCCUUGAUUAUGGCUGUACCUGUAAAAUGAGCUAAGAUGUAAGUAUGUUUUUGAUUGCGCUGUACAGCUUGAUGUCAACCUUACCUGCAGCAGUGACUGGAGGUAAGAACUUUAUCUGUAGAGUUUAGGGGUUUUUUUCUGGUUUAUAUAAAAAUGCUCUUUAGUAUAAAAAUUAUAAAUUAUGCAAAUUAACCACUUACCUUUCCAAGUAAGGUAUUACAGUCACCGGAUGUUGCAGCAAACAUGCCUUUCUCUUUUGAAGUCUCAGCUUUAAAACAUUGGAAUUCUUUCAAGUGUCCAAAUUGCAACCUGGUGUUGUUUUAAUGGGAAACAAGGAUUUAUUUUAUUUUCUUUUUCUUUCUUAUUUCUUUUUUUUUUUUUUUUGUCCUUUAUAUUUAGAAAAUAUGUUUGGUAAUUCUUUGGUCAUUCAUAGAACUUCACAAUUGCACAGACCGAUUGUGAAUGUGUAAAGCACCAUUAUAUAGAGCUCUUCAAUCUUUGUACCAACAGCGGCUUUCAUUGUGCAAGUAAAUAGCGAGAAAGAAGAUAAGAAAAAAAAAAAAGGUGUAUAAACCCAUGUGUCUGGCCUAAGAGAAUUACAAGAUGACAUUUUUAUUUCUCUUUUAAUAAAGAGACACAUUAGAAAAUUA